GUCCCGCGGUGGUGUGAAGAUCGCCCUUGCUGGGCCGCACCAUGCACCGCAGGCACAAACCCAGUGCUUCGGAGCACCGGCGGGAUUUCUCAGCGCAGGGAGGGUCGCUCUCUGCCCCUCACAAUGAGAUGCGCUCUUUUUUCAACUUCUCACAGCUCGUCCUCUCCGCUGGCCAUCUCAAAUCACCACCGGUUCUCAAACAUUCAAAAGUUACUUACUUCGAAGUCGAAAUCCUUGACGUGCAAAGCAAGAAGCAGAUCUGCAUUGUGGACAAGGUUCCUCCAACAUCUACUCUUCUGGAUGUGAAACACAAAUUCCACAAAGCAUGUCCCCAGUGGUACCCUUCCCGCGUUGGCCUGCAACUCGAACGCAAUGGGCCCUAUUUGAAGGAUUCCGUCAGCAUUCAGAGUCUUGCAGUUUCUUCCAUUAUCACAUUGUAUUUUACAGACCUGGGUCAGCAGGUCAGUUGGACCACAUUUUUCCUCACAGAAUACUCUGGACCUCUGCUAAUAUACCUGCUCUUCUACGUUCGCCUCUCAACUAUUUAUGAUCAAGUGGAAAGCAUGAAGAGUUUCCGCCACCCAGUGGUUCACUUGGCUUGCUUCUGCCAUUGUUUACACUACACGAGACAUCUUCUGGAGACAUUAUUUGUUCACAAGUUUUCUGGAGGACACACUCCUCUGAAAAAUAUGAUAAAGGGCUGUGCCUUCUACUGGGGAUUCACUUCCUGGAUUGCAUACUACAUUAACCACCCACGGUACACACCACCAUCAUUUGGCCACAGACAAGUUUCUUUUGCUGCCCUUGCCUUUCUGAUGUGUGAAGCUGGAAAUCACUUCAUCAAUGUAGCUUUAGCGCAACAAAAUCAUUCAGGAAGUAAACCCUGCUUUCCAAGUCCUACCUAUAACCCUUUCACAUGGCUCUUCCUGCUYGUAUCCUGUCCGAACUAUACGUACGAGGUUGGGUCCUGGAUUAGUUUCACAGUGAUGACACAAACACUGCCAGUUGGCAUUUUUGCUUUCCUGAUGGUCAUCCAGAUGUGCCUGUGGGCCAGGAAGAAACACAAGCUCUAUCUGAAGAGGUUUUAUCCAGAGGUACGCAGAAAAGCGGCUAUGAUUCCUAUCAUCUUCUGAGYUCUUCACAAGACUUGGAGCCUGAAUGUGUUGUUCAGUAACUGACUCUGAACAUAAAUGAGCCAUUUUGUUCACUAAUCAAAAGAAAGAGCGACUGGGUAUCUUUUUCAGAAAAUUAACAGAUGAAAACAAAGAGCUUUUAAUUAAGUGAAAAGAAUAUGGCUCUUGAAUUCCUGUUUCCUGCUAAAAGAUAUGAUUAAAUUAGAUUUUGUGUAAUGGAGUUAACUAGGAAAGAACAAGAAAAUUAUUGCUGUUGAAUGUUAGGAUAUUUAGCUACUGUAAAUAAAUACAGAUUCUCUUAAAACUAACAGAGUACAGCUCACCUGCAUGCGUUCAGGUCUUUUAAGGUGAUUUUAAGGUUCAAUGUUAGAUGGUGCCUGGAUACUAAAUUCAUUGCCUUUUGCAACAGAUGUUUCGCAGCCUUAUUUUUAUUAAGCUGCACAGAAACAGCAUGUUCUGCUUCAGCUCCUCUAAAGCAUUACAUCAAAGAACGACCGGUGUGCURUUAAUAUAGUUCGGUACAGCUUUACAAGGUUUUUCUUUAUUUCUUUUAUAAUUGAACCUGAUAGCAAAUUGUUCAAUACAAAUUGKCUUAAAGUG